AUGUAUUUUUUUUUAUUUAAAGAAGAUUACAUCAAUUUAAAAUGUUUAAAUUUGAAUGAGUACAAAAUGUCAUUACGACGUUAUAGCAUCUAUGGUAGUAAUCCUGGAAUUGUUCCAUAUUCAAUUUUAGUUGAAUGUACAUUAAUAGAUGAAUCAUUAUAUCUUACACCAAAUGGUGUACUUACUAUAACUCAUGAUGAAGCAUUAAAAAGAAAAAAAUUUUAUACUAAAAUUGAUGAUGCUUAUGCUCUUCUGGGAGUAUUACGUUUAAACAAUAACGAACCUUUUUUAAUUUUUGUCGCUAAUAUUUUUUCUAUUGGUCAAUUACAAUCUUCAGAUAUUUAUAAGAUAACGAAUACUAAAUUAUUAUCAUUAGUAGGACCAGAAAAUAAUGAUCUCAAUUAUGAUUCUCGUCUUAUCGAGGUACAAAGGCUUCUUUCUUCUGGUAUUUUUUAUUUUUCAAUAACAACUGAUAAAAACGCAAAAUCUUGGGAUAUAACAAAAUCAUGUCAAAAAGAGUAUGAUACAAAUUCUUCUGAUAAUAGAUUUUUUUGGAAUAAAUUACUUUUUUAUCCAUUAGAAAGAUAUGGUAUUGAUACAGAUAAAUGGCUUACAAAAUGUACUGCUGGUUCAGCUGUUAUAAGAACAAUAUAUAUAUCACAUGAAACAGCAAAAUUAGCUAUUAUUUCAAGAUUAUCAUGUGAACGUGUUGGGACAAGAUUUAAUGUUCGUGGAGCAGAUCAUGAAGGACAUGCUGCUAAUUUUGUUGAAACAGAACAAAUUAUUAUAUAUGAUAAAUUUGUGACAGCAUUUACACAAAUAAGAGGUUCAGUACCAUUAAUAUGGGAACAACCUGGUAUUAAUGUUGGAUCACAUAAAAUUCAAAUGCAACAAUUACCAGUUUCAUUAACAAUAUUUGAAAAACAUUUUGAUUCAUUAAUUGAUAUAUAUAAAAAUGUUGUAAUUGUUAAUCUUUUAGCAUCAAAAGAUAGUAAAGAUGGUGAAGGUGCAUUAGGUAAUGGAUAUAAAAAAUGUUUAGACAAUUCAAAACAUAAAAAUAUACCAUAUUAUCAUUUUGAUUAUCAUGAAUGUAUAAGAAUAAAUAAAGAAACAGCUCAUAAAGAUUUUUUAAGUCGUAUGAAAAAUUAUCUAUCAAAUGAUAAUAUUUUUUUAAAAGAGGAUGAUAAUGUUAAAUUAAGACAAAAUAUAGUUAUAAGAACUAAUUGUCUUGAUUGUUUAGAUAGAACUAAUAGAAUACAAACUGUUAUAGGAUUAUCAAUGAUUGAAAAUCAAGUUAAUAUUCUUCCAAUAAUUGAAACAAAAAAAAAUAGUACAAUACAAAGAAUAUUAGAAGUUGCUAGAGAUUUAUGGCAAAAAAAUGGUGAUCAAUGUAGUUUUAUAAAUGCUGGAACUGGAGCUUUAGAAGGAAAAAGUAAAAUUAAGGAUGCAACAAGAUCUGUUGCAAGAACAAUUCAAAACAACAUAUUAGAUUCAUCAAAACAAGAUGCAUUUGAUAUCUUUUUAUAUGGAUCAAAAUUUGGUGAUCAUACAUUUGAUAAAGCACUUAAUUUACUACCAUCAGAUUUAUUAAGAGAAUGCCCAAAUGCUGUUGAAUCAUUAUUAGAUCAUCAAGAUGAAUUGGUUGUUCAACAAAAUGUCUCAGUUUUUGUUGGUACAUGGAAUGUUAACGGUGGUAAAAAUAUGAAUAAUAUAGCAUUUAAACAUGAAAAUUCCUUAGAAUCAUGGAUUUUUCCUGAUCAGGAUAAAGACUAUGAUAUUGUAGCUGUUGGUUUUGAGGAAAUUGUUGAUUUAAAUGCAUCAAAUAUGGUUAAAACAAAAUCUGACAAUAAACAAAAAUGGAGUGAUGGUAUUUAUAAAUGUUUAGAAAAUGAAAGUAAUGUAAAAUAUUCAUUAAUUGGUAGUAAGCAAUUAGUUGGAGUUUGUUUAAUGGUUUUUAUCAAAACAGCAAAAUUACAUAGAGUUAAAGAUAUUUCUAUUGAUACCAUAAAAACUGGAAUGGGUGGUACAACUGGAAAUAAAGGAUCAGUUUCAAUAAGAUUUACCUUUUAUACAUCAUCUUUUUGUUUUAUUUGUUCACAUUUUGCAGCAGGACAAUCACAAAUUAAAGAAAGAAAUGAUGAUUUUUUAACAACUUAUCGUGGUAUAAAAUUUUCACAAGGUAGAACAAUAGAAAGUCAUGAUUAUAUAUUUUGGCUUGGUGAUUUUAAUUAUCGUAUAAAUCUUUCUGGUGAUGAGGUAAAAAAUUAUUUACGUUAUGGUAAUUUAAAUGAAUUAAGAAAUAAUGAUCAAUUGUUACAACAAAAAGAACAAGGAAGAAUAUUUUUUAAAUUUCAAGAAGGAGAAUUAAAUUUUUUACCAACUUAUAAAUAUGAUACAUUUUCAGAUGACUAUGAUACUAGUGAAAAAGCACGUAGUCCUGCUUGGACUGAUAGAAUAUUAAUGAAAAAUAAUUCAAAAAGACUUGGUAAUAUAUUAUUUUAUGGAAGAGCUGAAUUAAAAACUUCUGAUCAUCGUCCAGUAAUGGGAAAAUUUGUAGUUGAUGCAGCUAAACGUAGUUUAGAAAAAUGUGAAUCUGUUCUUCAUGAUGUAAUUAUGGGAAAUGGACCACCAGAUGGUAUUGUUUUAAUAUCUGCUCAAGGUUACUCUAAUUUCCCUGAAGAUCAAAUCCAACAUAUUAAAAAAUUACUAGAUACAUUAAAUUUACAUGUAAUUUUACAUAAAAUUGAAUCACAAUAUUUAUGGUUAAUUUUGGAUAAUGGAGUUAUGGCUUUGGCUGCAUUAUCAAUGAAUAAUGUUACAUUACCAAGUGGAAUAAUUAUUAAUGUUCAAUUAAGAAAUAAUAAUUGGGAUAAUGAAACAUAUCAAAAAGUUUUAAAAAUAUUAAAAAAUACAGCAUGGGGUGAAUCAAAAAUAGAUUUAAAUGAUAAAGAAUCAUUAAUUAAUUUUAAUGUAGAUUCUGAUGAGGAAGAAAUUUGUUCAUUAUUAAAAACAAAUUUAACAACAACAAUAAAACAAGGUCCACCUCCACCAUUACCAACUCGUCCACAGACAGGAUGUAUUCCACAAAUAUUGCCAAAAGUACCACCACGCCCAUGUCUAUCAAAAUGGCCAAUUAAAAAAAAUGAUAUAUAA